GCACGCGCAGUUCUGGCAGUCGGGCCCACGCACGCCCGGUCGCCUGGAGACUGUUGCCGGGCAGCAGAGGCCGAUUCACAGCAACUUCCGGCCGCGGAGACCGUCAGCGCUUAUGGCGGCGGCAGCAGCACGUGAGGAGGUCGCAGUAUACGAGGAUGACGUCAGAGCUCGUUACGGCCGCCUGGAGAAGAUGAGCGACCUUGUGGCGGUGUGGGAGGUCGCGCUCAGUGACGGGGUCCACAAGAUCGAGUUUGAACAUGGAACGACCUCAGGGAAACGCGUUGUGCAUGUGGACGGGAAGGAAAUCAUCCGGAAGGACUGGAUGUUUAAACUGGUCGGGAAAGAGACAUUUCCAGUCGGCGCCUCGCAGACAAAGGCCACCAUCAACAUUGACGCCGUCAGCGGCUUUGCCUAUGAAUACACCCUGGAAGUGAACGGUAAAAGCCUCAAGAAAUACAUGGAGAACCGCUCCAAGACCACCAAUACCUGGGUGCUGCACGUGGACGGGGAGGACUGCCGGGUGGUGCUGGAGAAGGACACGAUGGACGUCUGGUGCAAUGGAAAGAAUUUGGAGACGGCAGGGGAGUUCGUAGACGACGGCACUGAGACGCAUUUCACAAUUGGCAACCACGACUGCUGUAUAAAGGCUGUGAGCAGCGGCAAACGCAGGGAAGGCAUCAUCCACACGCUGAUCAUGGACGAGCGGGAGAUACCUGAGAGCAGCGAGUAAUGUCUGUCACCGCCCCGGUCCUCAUCCUCCUCAGGAGUCUGCAGGUGUCAGUGGAUGUUACCCCGGAGCCGCGCGCAACAAACUUUUAGCUUUCAGAGGACUUUAUUUUGUUGAUACAAAAAGAGUUUUGUCUUUUUUUCUUUUUCUUAAACUUUUGUUGAAGAAACUAAAGAUGAAAAUUUCUAUUCUGAUAUUAUAUCAUGUCAAUCACUCCAGUCACAGCCAAAGCUGCAGUCACUAUUCUGUUACAUCAUGUCAAUGACUCCAGUCACAUGCAGAGCUGAACUGAGGUUUUCAGAUCAUGUUGCAUAGUACUGAACAGCAGAUCAGUAGGAACAGCUUUGGAUGUCACUGGAGGGUAAGACAUGGUGGACUAAUAUCACUAGACUUCUGUAGCAGUGGUGAAUGAUUGGUUGUGCAUGCCGCCUCCUUGCUGAUGGCUCCCCUGUGAUAAGUAGGUCAUGAAGGGGGACACUGUUGCUGGGGCCCUGCUGAUCAGUUGUUAUUACAGGACAUGUGACCUCCAUUGUAAGUGAUGUUCCCCGGGCAGUGCUGGUAACUGUAGUACGACAGAUCUCCCUUGCAGCAUGGAUUCCGUUAUAACUGGGAUCCUCAGCGUACAUGUGAACAGAGCCAGACAUGGCGGCGUCCUGUGGGGGGUGCUGUCAUCGCUCCUCUCCAGCUGGCCGACUAGCCUCAGGUGUAAGAGCCACUGCAGCCAAUCAGAGGGCAGCGUUAGGUGGUGGAGCCGGGACCUGAUUGGUCGCCUCGUCCUGGCGCUUUUUAUUAUGUAAAUAUUUUAACAUUUUUCUUAUUUUCUUUAAUCCGAAAUUCCAAUGAAUAAAAUCUUCCGAUGA